AGAUAGUAAUAGUAUCUGCGGGAAGGUACAUUGUGCAAUCUCUAUAACUAUUUGUUACACUGUAACUGAGUUAUGGUUUGUGUUUAGAGCACUAUUGUGCGCGUAUCAGGUUUCGUUCUAACUGAUAAUCCCGAUAGUAGCAAUGUCUGAUAACCCCGGUCCACCCAAGAGCCCCAUCUCCGGAGAGAGAAUGGCGGCCGCUAGUUCCGACCUGGAUGAACAAUCGAGGCUCCAGCUUGCUCAUGAACUAUGCAUGAACGAGAACUUGGAAAUGUCCAUGCCAGAUCCUAACUCCAUUGUUGGGCAUGUAAAACAGAUUGUCCACAGGGCAUUUUGGGAUUCAGUUCGAGCAGGUCUCCAGCAGUCCCCUCCAGACUACGAGCACAGCUUACGGUUAAUAGCCGAAAUAAAAGGAAUCCUACUAGACUUGGUUCCCGCCCAAGUGCAGAGAGCAAAAGACCAGAUAAACGAAGUAAUGGACAUAGAAUUGUACAAGCAACAGAUAGAGAAUGAAUCGUUCAACCUGCAGGGGGUUGUCAAGUUUGUGGUGGAGCUAAUGUUAGGGCUGUGUGCACCUGCCAGGGAUACCACCAUCAGAUCUAUCCUCUCUCAGUCUGACCCUGUUGAAGUCUUUCGCGAGGUAUUUGGAGCGCUAGAUCUGAUGAGGCUGGACAUGGCAAACUACCAGCUAAGGAGCCUGAGACCAGCCCUGCUAGCCAACAGUGUCCAGUACGAGCAGGACAAGUUCAGGAGUCUCCUGGCGAACAACCCAAAUACUCUGGAUAGAACCAAGAUGUGGCUAGCAAGCACUGAUAAGAGGAUGAGGGAAAGUGGUCAGCCUGUCUCUCCUUCUACUCUCCUCAAUAACGCUUUCAUUCGCGUCAUUCAGGAAGAGGUAGACCCCAUACCAGAGACGAUAGCUAUGGACAUAUCUAGAUUUAUAACAAUAGCCAGAGAACUGAGCGCCGUGGUAUUCAGUGCAGCGACAAUCCUAGUUCUACAGACCGGGGUUGGACCUGCUCUACAACAAGAUUCUUUCGCUAACAAGGUACGGGUCACAGUAUACCAGCUCUGCUCAGACGAACUAAUCUCCCAUCCCCGGGACAUCCUGCCCAACAUCACAGAGAAACUAAUCGACAUCGUCCGAGAGACGAUAACAGCUCGUCCCCUCCGAGACGAGGAAUGUCAAAACAUUCGUGGAAUGUUGUCAGGGCUACAGUCGCCUAGCAACCCCGUUUAUUGCUUGCUAUGGGAACGUGCCAAACAGUUCUUUACUUCUCUCUGUAGCGGAGUGGUGGGUUCAGUCCCCGCAGGAUUCAGUGUUUGCAGCGCAGACGUCCAGGGAGUAGCCAGCAAAUACACUCACCUUGUCAGUUACAAUCGGGGAGUGUUCGGUCCGUUCUACGCUGAUAUCAUCUCAGAGAUAACAUCCAGUCAGCAAGCAGCUAUCUCCGCUUCAUAACCUUCCUGUGCUUAACAUUAAAACAGAGACAGAAACCAAUGAUUGAUUAUCACUUUUACGGAUGAUGAAUAUGCAGAAAACCAUUGUAAAUAUAGUUACCCCAAAAUAAUGUUUGCAUUUUCGUGAUAUUUCCGUUUUUUCUUAAAUAAUUAGCCAUUUUAUUUAAUAAUUUCUACAUUAAUAUUGCAUCUAUAUGUAUCAAAAUUUGUUAUAAUUUACAUCUUUAGC